AUGAUUAUUCUCUUUAGUCUUCUUGCUACAAUAACAAUUAAUUUUGAUGAUGAUCAUACUGAAUGUACUAUCAGUGGCGAUGGAAGCUUCACCGGCUUCGAAGAAAUACCAGAAAUUUUAACCGUUGCAAGAAUUAUAUUAAAUGUUACAGAACUUGGAGACAACUCAUUUUCAUCACUUACAAAACUUGAAAGAGUCAGUUUUGACCUUUCCUCGAAAACUUUCAGAAUCGGAAAUAAUGCAUUCAGCGGCUGUACUAAACUUAGCAUGUUUAAUAUCCCACAAUACACAAAUAUAAUUGGUGAUAGCGCAUUUUCAAACUGCGUUUCAUUAAAAAAUGCAUUUUUCACAGAUAAUUUGAAAGUAAUUCCAGUAAAUUGCUAUUAUGGAUGCAAAAACCUCACCGAAAUUAAUUUAAAUAAUGUACAAUUUAUCAAUGAAUCUGCAUUUCAGGGAUGUACUUCUCUUACUAAGAUUAAAAUGUCAGAUUCUCUUGAAGGAAUCGAAUAUUCUGCAUUUAAAAUGUGUAAAGCACUUCCUAAAAUAACUCUUCCAAAUUCAUUAAAAUAUAUUGAAGAGAAUGCUUUUGCUUUUUGCUAUAAUUUAUCUUCUAUUCAACUUCCUGAUUCUCUUGAAUAUAUUGGAAAACGAGCCUUCACUGGUUGCAAUUCUUUAGUUGAAAUCACAAUUCCUCCAAAGAUUGAAAUUUUUUAG